AUGGGGGUGCCGGGGGCCUGGGCCCAGGUGGUGCUGCUGCUGCUGCUCCUGAUGGCUGUCGCCACAGAGGCUCAGAACUCCGGGUGCACCAUCCAACAGCUCAUUGAUAAAGUGACAGAGAACGACAGCGAGGCCCUGAACCAGCCCCUGGCCAACAUCAGGAGAGACCCCGGCAUAGAUGUGAUCCUGACGAAUGACUCUAAGGACUUCUUUGAGCUCCGGGCCCAAAGCCAAGGCCAAGAGUUGUUCCUCAACAAGACUCCAGACUUUGAGGUCCAGCGAAUUCUUCUGGCAAACAUGGAAUGCCGGAGUGGAAAUGUGGUGGUGAGUGUCCCGCAGCCCCAAGCCACCCAGGGAUCCCGUGUCCGCUCCUGCGCCUCAGUCUCCCCUCUCGCACCACCCGGACCUCCCAAAUCCAAAGCUGAGUCCGAACUAAAGGCCUCCCGAGUCCUCGGGGUCCUGAGGACUGAGCACCCCGCCCCACCCCAGGUGGGCAAGCUGACCAUGAGGCUGGAGGUGACGGACUUGAACGACAACGCCCCCGAGUUCCCCGAAAAGACGUACACGAAGACAGUGCCCGAGGACGCCAAAGUGGACACCAUCGUCAUCCCCGCGAAGGAGCUGCAGGCCACGGACAAGGACGUCGACAACCUCCUGUACUACACGCUGCGGGAGGAGACCCCGCACGCCGCCACGUUCUUCUCGCUGGCCAGCAGGAUCCAGCCCGGCCUCAAGCUGCGGCGGCGGCUCAACUACGCCGAGCUGCCCAGCAUGACCUUCAAGCUGGUGGUGCACGACACUGAGAAUGACAGCCUGGUACCCCGACACUCAGCCGAGGCCACUCUGGUCGUGGAGGUGCUGCCCGCGGACCUGCGGCCCCCCUGGUUCCUGCCCUGCGUCUACAAUGACUCCAGCACCUGCAUCCAGGCGCAGUACAACACGACCUUGCCCAUCAAUGUGCCGCCGCCUAAACCCCUCAAAAUGUGUCCCGGGCCCAUCUACGCCGUGGACGGCGACUGGGCCAUCAACGAGAAGAUCAUCUACAGUCUGCCCAAUGAAGGCGUGAACAGCAUAUUCAGCAUUGACCCGGAAACUGGCAACCUCACCAUGCAACGGAGUGUGGACAGCCCCACAACCUUCCAGUUUGUGGUCAAAGCCGCACAGAAGUCUGACGGCCACUACUCGGUGACACAAGUGACCGUGGAAGUGACCAGCAACAAGAGUCACGUCUCCUUCCCGCUGAAUUUGUACCGCGGCUUCGUGGUACUGGGCCAUGGUGCAAACGUGGCCGUGAAGGACUCUGCGGACCCCUCCCAGCCGCUGACCCUCCGCGCCCGGGACAUCACUUUCCCUCAGUACAACAGAGACUUCCAGUAUCGGAUCACGGACAACAAUCGCUUCCAGAUGGAGGGGGAGGCCGUGCUGACCACCAACCACCUGGUGGACCCGGGGGUCUACACAGCUACGGUGGAGGCCAACAACACAGCCACGCAGUCCUCGGGCAGCACCAAAGUGGAGAUCCAGGUUCUGUCACCGCCCACCCCUCCCCCAGGCACCACCACGAAUUCCACCUCCAGCUCGGGAACCUCGCAAGCCGUGACGUCAGGGACCGUGGCCACAGCAGGGACAGUGACAGGGACAGUGGCCGCGCCCGGGACCGGGACGGGGACCUGGACGGUGCCUGCAGGCAGUGAGGACGGCGACUCGGGCACUCACCCCGAGUCCGAAUCCCUGCGGUUCUCUGCAGUGCACAUGGCGGCGCUGGGCGGGGUGCUGGGUGCGCUGCUGCUGGUGACUCUCCUGGCCCUGUCUGUGUUGGUGCACAAGCACUACGGCCACCGGUGCUGCUGCUCCAGGAGCUCCCUGUCCCAGCCAGAGGGUUACGACAAUAAGACCUUCGCGGUGGACAGUGAAGACAACUGGGCACCGGCUUCCUCGCCGGCACCCAGUCCUGCCCCUGUCAAGAAGGCCCCCGCGCCCCCCACCCCCCCAUCCACGGCGACCCCUAGCCCUCCCGCCAGUCCGGCCACUCCGGUGGCCCCGGCCACCCCCGAGGGAGGCAGCACCGAGGGUGUGAGGUCCAUCCUGACCAAGGAUCGGCGGUCGGAGGGCGGCUACAAGGCCGUGUGGUUCGGGGAGGACAUCGGGGCCGAGGCUGACGUGGUGGUCCUCAACUCGCCCACGGUGGACGCGCAGGCCGGCAGUGACAGCGACCGUGACAGCGACCAGCAGGGCGACUCUGGCAGCGAGGACGGUGCCCACGGGGACGCCACAUACAUCUAGUGUGGCCUGCCUGUCCCCAGAGCCAAUA